AAGUGUAGAAUUGUUAAGACAAAAGAAAGAAAAACAGAGGAAAAAUCGCGAAGAAAAAACAAAAAUGGAGGUGGGAAUGUCUCUAAACGCACUGGUUCGGCUUCCUUUAUCGAGUUCAAGAUCCCACGAAGACGUGCUUCUUAAACACUCGCUCUACUCUUCUAGAAUCGCAACCCAAAAGCCUCCUCGUCAGAGACAAGCGUUGGUAGUUGAAGCUAAGGGGAAAAGAGGAAUGCAACCUCGCCAGUUUCAAAGACCUCCUCCCCCUUCCUUGCCCAAGAUUGAAGACGAUGGCAAUCCUCGUUUUGUUAUCUUCAUUCGUAUGGCCAAUGUUUAUCUAUGGUACCCACUUAGUCUAGUAUCAGGUGGCACCACUGCCAAAAUUAUGGUUGCUGCAAAAGAUAAUUUUCUGGGAAAAUAUAUAUACAAAGAUACACUUGCAAGAAAUCUUGCUGCCGUUAUUUACAGGGAUGAGAAGGAGAUACAGAAGACAGCAUUCAAGCAAUUUCGUGUACUGAGAUCGGCUACUGAAUUCAGAUACGGAUACAAACUUGUGGAAAAUGGAAAUUUGAGGGCUGCACUUUCUACUACUGAUGUCAUUGAGCUCCCAACUCCAGACCAGCUAAAGACAGUGCUUGAUAAAGUGAAAGACUACUUUGGGGAUGCAAAAGAAUCAUUUGGGAAGCUAACAGCACUGAAUGCCAACUCCAGUGAGGACUCAGAGGAAAAUUCUAAGGAACAAGCCAAGGCUUAAGCUAAAGGUCAAGCAGGCAUUUGACAGACAUAUUUCAGUAUGCUUGCUCAGUGAAAUUGGAAUGCAUUGUGGUUUACGGAAAGUUCCACAGAGGUGGUGGAUGCAAACAUUGAUUAUACAAUUUUGUUUGUAGACUCUGUUUAUGGAACCAAAUAUUUGUUGUCAGUAGUAUCAUCUGAAUGCAAAUUCUGCUUGUUCCGCAAAA